AUGGGAUUGUGUAUAUCAAAGAUUGGGGUUUUGCAGAUACUGAAAGUGACAAACGGGAGUAUAUCGCAUGUGAACGGUAUUCUUCCAUUUGUGCACUCUAUAGCUGGCUUCAAUGCGAAGGCGGUAAACAGCAAGGACGAUGUGUUGACAAUCAACAAGGAGUGGGAGGAGGAAGCACUUGUGCUCGAGAUACUUGACAUGAGGAACAUGGAGACAUUCUCGAUUGAGAUACCAAAGAAGAACAAUGAAAGUCUUGGAAUUGCAGUGAAGUUCCAUGAGAGCCCGGUUGCUCUUCUUUCGAUGCAGGUGUUACGAAUUCAUCCGAACUCGCCUGCAGAGAAGUGUAGAAUGGUGGUUGGAGACUACAUCCUUGGGAUUGAAAACAUGUAUUCGUUUGAUGAGGAAGAUCUACUGGAGACGCUGCAUUCAAAGAGAGGGCAAUCUGUGCCAGUUGUAGUAUAUAAUAAUGAUCUUGGAUAUGUGAGGAUUGUGCGCAUUGAGAUUGGUGUGGAAAUCCUGUUAGGAUGCCAAAUCGGAACUGGAGAGUUGUAUAGAAUUCCAUAUCGUCCAAGAAGUAACCGUCUUGAGCUUAAUGCAGCAAUUGUUAAUAAAGAUGUUGAUGGACUGGCUCGGAGGAUUCGUGGAAAGGAGAUCAUUGAUCGUAGGAUGAGAAGUGAGAUAGCAGAAAGCAAGAAUUCGUAUCCGGUGUUCCUGAAUGAAGGAAGGAAUGGCAUGCAACAAAAAGAGCUUAUGCAUGAUGUAUAUCGAUUACAUGAUAGGAAGUUACAUGAGACAAGACCAUCAAAGAAUGUUUUGCUAAGCAUUGAAGAUGACCAUGAGAUAUCUGUAUAUGUUCCUGAUGAUGUUAUGUCAACCGAAUCGAAAGAAACGAGUGAUUUUGAUUUUCAUGAUGAUAAGAGUAGAGAUAUUAUAGAGAUAUUGGGUAAUACAAAUCAGGAUGAUAACUUUGAUUUUGAGCAUGAGUUGCCUUUGGUAUGUAGUAUCAACACAAGUGAAUAUGCAAAGGAGAAUUAUCAGGCUAUUUACACUAGAUUAGAUGAGAAUGCAGGAUAUUAUAACCCAAUAAAUACUGAAAAUGUUUAUGAACCAAACACAAAUAGUAUGCAUGAACCUGAUGAAAAUUCACAGAGUGCAUCUAAGUAUGAGAUGCAGCAAUGCCCACUGUGCUUGAAGUUCCAUGAGGAUGAAUUUCAUGGCACGGAAUCUCAAUAUGGGGAAUUUCAUGGCAUGGGAUUCUAUGAUGGUGAGAUAAUGGAAGAUUCACAGCAUAAGUACGGAUAUGAAGAUGAGUAUUCUGUAGAGGAUCAACUAAUUGGAGAAUUCAAUACACAAGAGCAUUUAUGGAAUCACAAUGAGAGCUUGGAGAGGUAUGAUACAAAGGAGCAUUUAUUGGAGCAUGAGGUUGAUCUUGAAAAAAGUAUGCUUGCAUCAGAAAACAAGAUAGCUCAAGACAUUAUGGAAAUGAAGAUCCAAAGUGACAUAGAAUCUAACAGCACCGAGCUUUCUUGA